AAAGUUGAUAAAUUUGUAAAUGUUCGAAAAGCUGAUGCAAAUUCAAUGCAGUUGACGAAUCCGACAUGGAUACAUCAUUCAGGUGGUGCUAUUUAUUCAAUAGACUUCCAUCCAAAUGGGACAAAACUUGCGACCUGUGGUCAAGGUAGCGAAGGAGGAUCUGGUUUAGUCAUCAUAUGGAAUGUAAAACCAAUCACAAAUGAGAGGAAGGCUCAAGACUCUUGUUGCCCAAGGAUGCUCUCACGUAUGCUUCACCAGGCAUGUGUAAAUUGCGUGAGAUGGUCUCCGGAUGGGAGCUUCCUUGCCUGUGGUGGAGAUGAACAUGCCCUCACUAUUUGGGAGUUUGGAGGAAGAAUUAAUAGUGCUGGAACAAUAGGAUCGAAGGACAGUAUAAAUGUUGAAAAGUACCGAGAAAAGUAUCGCUUACAUGGUCAUACAAUGGACAUUUUGCAUCUUGAAUGGUCAAAAGAUGGAAGGUUUUUGGCUUCUUGUGGAAUGGAUAAUACGACUGUUGUAUGGGAUGCUACCAAUUUUCCUCACAAAGUAACAAUACUGGACAAAAAUCGUGAUGGUCAUGAUGCGUCUGUUAAAGGCUUGAGCUGGGACCCGAUCGGAAAGUUCCUUGUUACUCAGGGUGCUGAUAAAACUUUGAGAAUAUGGAGGACUGACAACUGGCGUUGUGUUAAAAUAAUCAAAAAGCCUUUUCUAGAAAGUAGCCCUACUGCCAUGUUUUGUCGCAUGGACUGGUCUCCUGAUGGUGCGUAUCUUGUAGUUCCUAGUUCGAUGAACAAUGCUGGUCCUACUGCACACCUUAUACGACGGAAGGACUGGGAUAUUUCGUUGGAUCUAGUUGGCCACCGGAAGGCCACAACAGUUGUAAAAGCUUGCCCAAGAUUAAUAAAUUAUUGCAAUCACAAGGGUCUUCACUUGCAAGUCAGUUGCUUUGCUGUGGGAAGUCGUGAUAAAACUUUGAGUGUUUGGCUUAUACCGAGAGUGGAUCGUCCAUUGAUAGUUCUUCACAAACUUUUUAAACAUUCUAUUCUUGAUUUUUCUUGGCAAGUUCUUGUGCACGAUUUUCAUUUAAUUAUUUGCUCUAUGGAUGGGUCGGUAAAAUCUGUUGUUUUCAAUGAAAAUGAAGUUGGUCAUCUUUUGACUGCAAUAGAAAUGGGUGAAGUUUGUGAAAGACUAUAUAGUACAAUGCCGUCUCAGUACAAUAUUCACGGUGUAUUAAAUAGUAGUUCUGUAUUGAGUAAGCCGAACGGAAAUGUAUUCGUAGACGAUUAUGAAAAGAUUGUGGAGCAGAAUAAAGCAGAAAGAACCAAAGACCUUGUAGAGACGAAAAAGAAAGAGGAGCUUAUGCAGAGGGCAACUGUUGGCGUUAAAUGCGCCGCAGAAGAUUCCAUCCAGUCCAAAGAAAGCACAGUGCCACCUGAAAGUGCCAGUCAGAAACCCGAAAACAAACAGGAAAUCAUACAUCCAUCUCAGCAAACGGAAGUUCGUACCAAAAGCGGAAAGCGGAGGAUACAGCCUGUUUUUGUCGCAUCCCUUGUUUCUACUGAUCCUGAAGGUGCUGGGACCGAAGAUAUUACGGAUUCCAGCUUGCAAAACAAAAGGGUCGCAACAGAGGUGGAGAAGGUCACACAAGUUGUUGUAGAAAGUGAAGUACUGGCUGUUGAAAAAGAGGGCUGUUUGGUGGAAGAAUCGUUCCCCGUAAUUGAUGAAGAGCCUGCAGCAAAGCAGUAUAGACAGCUUCCCGUUUUGUCGGAGAAACCUCAACUUCGUCUGUUACCUGCUUUAAACCCUGUUUCUGCUGUUGUUAAAGAAAGUCGUGUGGUAAAUUUUGCUGUGGCGCACCAAAGGCGAGAGCUCGUUGUAAAAAUAAACGAACCUGUAAAGGACGUUGAUACGGUACAAGCAGUUAACGAAUUUGAAAUAUGUGCAAUAAAAAUGAGCGUUAUACGCGGUAGUCUUCGGCAAAUUGAGAAGUGGAGGACUUUGAUAGAUCCUGUUGUGGUUGUGCUUGCUGCGAACAACCGAUGGACAGCUGCAGCGUGCUAUGACCGAUCAGUCAUUGUUUUAUCGACUUCUUCGGGACGUAUGAUAUUUAGACCCUAUGUGGAUUCAGCCGCGUCAUCUUUAAUAUUAAAAGAAGAUUUCCUCUCGAUUUGUGAUCAGUUAUUAUCUCAUCAGUUAGCACCAAGAGGGAUCCCCGUUUUGACUCUCUCUUCAAACAAAACUUUUGCGUAUUCCUACAAAAUUGGUUGUUGGCAAAGGAUGAGUGAAGGGCUUCUGAACUGUGUCAGUUCCAUCAACCUGAGGGAGUACCCUGUUGGGAAAGAGGCGUUGAUGAACGAAAUUAGUGUUUCCAAUGCCAUGGUUUUUUCGUCGGCAAACGCUGCUGAAAAGAAUCUUAUGCUUCAAGGCUUUCUAGAGGAACGUCUCUGCGCAGCACGUGCGCUCGAUUUAUCAGAAGUAUUUAUGUUGUACCUCCCAUGCUAUAUAAAAGUUCUAGUAGACUCAGGUGAUGUCGAGAAGGUUAGAGAACUCGUUUCUUCUUUGUAUUGUGAAGAAAAAGUUUGUGGAAAGCUAGAUCGAGCAAGGGUCCUUAGCGAGAUCUAUUCUGGAGUUCGCGACGCUUCUGCUUUCGCGGAUAUUGCAUGCGAUUUAAAGCUAGUUACUUCAUUAUCUUCGUAG